AUAUUUUCACUUAACCUCAGUGACAACCGUCGGCUUCUACUUGUUUGUUUUAUUCAACAUUUCACUGCAAUUUAGUUUGUACUAAUUAUUGAAUUAGUUACACAAAAACUUAUUUAAAGCAAAAUGAAGCAUUGGUUUAUGUCUAUAUAACAAGUAAGAGACAAAGAACAGCUUGUUAUUUGUAGUUGCCCAAAGUUCAUAUAAAGAUGAGGUGACGUCAGCUCGAUAGCUACUGUCCAACCACCAUCACACGAAUGUGUGGAGUACAGUCAGAAAAGGCUGCUUUAGUCUGAAGUGACUGAUCAUCAAGCUCGUUUUUUGGUUUAUUCACUUUUUGUGAAUAAACUGCUUUGAUGCAGAUGAAGCGUCUCAGCAGUCUGAUGCUAAAGAAAUGGAAGGAGAAGGAGAGAUGGACUGGACGGAGGAGAAGUGAACCAUUUGGAGGAAGAGAGGAAGAGGAGGAAGAUGAGGAUGAAGAGCAAAAAAGGACAGAGAGGAGAGGCAGACAGACACACAGAUGGAUGCUGAGGAGAAAGUCUGAACCUUGCGGACACAUAGAGGACCAUCAGAGAAGAGAGGAGAAGAAAAGCAAAGGAGGUCGGAAGAACGAUAACUGUAAGUUUGCCUCAAAUACGGAGGAUGACGACAGAAAAGAGCAAAGGAGCACGGAGACGGGCAGAAGGAAAGACAGGAGGAAAUCAGCAGCGUGGACGAUGGCGGGCGACGAAGCCGCGGCUCAGACGGCGGCGGACAGACGCCUGUCGGAGCCCUGCGGCCUGCUCUACGUCCAGCUGCUCCCUCUGGCCCACAGGAAGCGGCGGACCGGACACAGGAGCGAGGAGGACGAAGGUCAGAUGCCCCGAGGGAGGUCCGGGCCCAGUGGUCCCCUGGAUCCCAGUAAGCGAAAAGCACCAAAACACAAAGCCAAGCUUUGGAACCAGGCAGCAGCUGUUCCCGUCACAGCUCUGUAGUCCAUGUUAUGGCUUUCAGACGCUCAUGGCUGCACAGGUGAACUCUGUGGUCCGGGUCGGUCCAGCAGAACUGGACCUGGAACCGCUGUCAGUCAGUGCAAGGAGACGCCGCUGUGUGGUUUCAGCGUCGUCUGGCUUUUUAUGGCUGCAAAUCUGUAAACAGAUUUUUAGAUCUGGAUCUGCAAAAUUGCGUGAUCAAAGACAAACUACAAGUAACAUGUGUCUCCUCCUCCUCUCUCCAUUUCUUCCUCCCCCCAUCGUCCCAUCUCUUCCUCCUCGCUCUCUCUCCCUCCUCACACUCUCUCUCUCCACCUCUUCCUCCUCCCUCUGUUUCUCUCCCUCCACCUCCUUGUCUCUCUUUCGUUCCAUUUCUUCCAUCUCUUAUUUUCUCCUCCAUCUCCUCCUCUCAGCCCACAGCCUAUCCUCCCCGCCUCCUCCCUCUCAGCAGGUGGAGAUGAGUGUUUUCUGUCUGGAGACAUAUGUGACGGAGCCUUGGCGUCCGGAGACCAGGAGGCUGCGCUCCUACUCCUCCCCCCCUGACACCGGGCAGCCCUCCUCCCCAGCCCUUCAUCCUGCUGCGUCUCCAUAUCUUCCUGUCAGGAUUCUGGUGGAGGGUGCAGGCGACAUGUCAGAGCAGCAGGACCCUGAUGAGGCCGCAGUCGAGGAGUCGGAGAGAGACAUCUACAUGCGCUUCAUGAAGUGUCACAAAUGCUAUGACAUUAUCCCCACCAGCUCCAAACUGGUGGUGUUUGACACCACUCUGCAGGUAAAGAAGGCGUUCUUUGCUCUGGUGGCGAAUGGGGUCAGAGCUGCACCACUGUGGGAAAGUAAGAAGCAGAGUUUUGUAGGGAUGCUGACCAUCACAGACUUUAUCAACAUUCUGACCAGAUACUACAAAUCUCCCAUGGUCCAGAUCUAUGAGCUGGAGGAGCAUAAGAUCGAGUCAUGGAGAGAGCUCUACCUGCAGGAGACCUUUAAACCUCUGGUCCACACGCCACCUGAUGCCAGCGUCUUCGAAGCUGUUUACUCUUUAAUAAAGAACAAGAUCCACCGCCUUCCCGUCAUCGACCCAGUGAGCGGGAACGCUCUCUACAUCCUCACUCACAAGAGGAUCCUAAAGUUCCUCCAGCUGUUUGUGUGUGAGAUGCCGAUGCCGGCCUUCAUGAAGCAGACGCUGGAGGAGCUGGGCGUCGGGACGUACACCAACAUUGCCUACAUCCACCCUGACACUCCGCUCAUCACAGCACUGUCUGUUUUCACACACCGACGAGUCUCUGCCCUGCCCGUGGUCGACCACAACGGUAAAGUGGUGGAUAUCUACUCCAAGUUUGACGUGAUUAACCUGGCAGCUGAGAAAACCUACAACAACCUGGACGUAACGGUCACUCAGGCUCUUAGGCACAGGUCCCAGUACUUCGAAGGAGUCAUGAAGUGCAACAAGCUGGAAACACUGGAAAUUAUUGUGGAUCGCAUCGUCAAGGCUGAGGUUCACAGGCUAGUUGUUGUUGAUGAUGAGUCCCACAUCGUCGGCAUCGUUUCCUUGUCCGACAUCCUGCAGGCGCUCGUGCUGACCCCAGCAGGUCUGGGGAGGAAGGAGUCUCUGUCCUCUCAGCCUACACACCCGGACUCAACUGAACCAGAGACGGUCUUGAAACCUAGAGCAGACCAGGAACAAGAGCAAAAUCAGGCACUGGAUCAAUGUGCAUGUGAACCACUUCAGGACCAGGAUGGGAACCAGGAUCCUGGUCAUGAAUUAAAGGCCGUUUACGGAGACACUGAAACUGACACUGUGGAGAGUUGCCAGCAGGUGGAGACAGAGAGUGAGACAGACGGAGGCACAGCACAGAAACAGACAGAGACCAAUGAAGAACAGGAGGAGGUGAAGGAAGAGACAUGUGAUAAGGAGGAGGAGGAGGAAGCUGAGAAAGGGGCACGUGAUGAAGAAGAGGAGGAGGAAGCUGAGAAAGGGACAUGUGAGGAGGAGGAGGAGGAGGAGGAGGAGGAAGGUGAGGAAGACAUGGGAAAGGAAAAGGAGGAGGAUGUGAUGAGGGGGAAGGAAGGAACAGAAGAAGAGGAAGUAAUGGAAGAGGAAGGAGCAGAGGAGAGAGGUAAGCAGGGUGAAGGAGAGGGGGAGGCAGCAUGACACCAUCACCAGGUUCAUUUUGGUCCUAAGAUGCACCACAGAAGAAGAGAAGAGCCGACGGGACAGAGACCCGGAGGCUGCUUGUUUUUGGAGGUGGAGCAGAAUGGGUCUGGGCUGAAUAUGUAAUAAACCACAUCACCAACAAUAACAAUGCUCACACUUUUCCAUGAUGUUCAUUCACUGGUUAGGUCCUGCACAAGUCAAUUAAUGUACUAAAUGUAAUGAUGGGCUCUCGUGGUCUUGAACAGCAAUGCCUGAUGGGAGUGUCGCCUCAUGUUUGUAGCAGUGGAACCCUAAACAGGUGUGGCCUGAGGGCACUCCUGUAACAACGUAUUAGAUGGUUGGACCAACAUUAGAACUGUGAUGUCAUGAAGGGGCUGAUCUGUAGUGGAGUCACUGGUGCGUUUUGUUUAGCUAGUUUUCAUUUAGUAAAAUAGUUUUUAUUUCAGAUGUGAUGGCAUCUGUUUGUCUGCUGUACCCGAGAUUAGAUCAAAUGUAAAGUCUGAAUGUAUAAAGUUUAUAGGGAACAAAUCUGAAUGUCUGUUCAGUGAUUUUUCUGUAAUGCUCACACUUAACCUUUCUGCUUAACUGCACCUGGUCAAUGUUUAUAGCCACAUGGCCAGAGAUGUAGUGAUUUAAUGUGAAGUAACUGUUGUUUUCACAUCUUAAACAGUUUCACCUAUAAGUGUCGUCAACAGACUGUUCUGUAGCUGUAGGAAAGUCGUCCCAGCCAGGGAGAUCUACGCCAUCACUCAUACAUCUGAUAAGGUGUGUUUUUGUACACGAGGCCCCAGAUGUUUUACUAUGCACAGCUGCAGUGUCACCAUUUAACCAUUUUAAACACACAACACAGCAGUGCUGAAACUGUGGAUGUAUUUCUUUUGCUGAAUCUUCCUUCUACCAAAUAUUUUAAAAUAACUUUAUUCAGUUAAUUGACUUUGAUGAACUUUGGUUGGAAGCACUGAGCAGCUUUUGGGGUGAAGAUGUGACAUGAGGGCUGUAAAGACAGAGAGGAUGAGGAGGCAUCAGAGUGAACUGGUGGCUGCUGAAUGAGUUCAGUGGCAUUAGGAGGGUGGAAACAGCUGGUGUCCUCCACUCUUUACCUCCAUCACUCUGCUCCUUUCAUCUGAACCUGAGGGGGAUCAGGGCCUCACAACCAAAGAACAAAACAUGCAUUAAUGUUAAAAAUCAGACCAAGUGAACCUUCUUUAUUUUAACAACAUGCGUCUUAGAUUCAUAAUGAAGGCUUUAUUUUAAAGUGUUACUCACUGAAAUAAAACUAAAAACUUUACACAUUAUAAACAUUAAAAAGGAAAUAGGAAAAAAAACAAACAAACUGAUGACCACAUCAAAAACUACUGGACAGUAUUUUCAGAAAAUUCUGUUAAACAUUUUUAUUGCAAAUGGACAAUGAUGUAAUUGAGCAACAACAAACAACAUCUUGGAUCUUUUUAAAAUCACGUAGAGCGACUGAAGACCUGUUGGGGCGCGAUCUUGUCCUCUUUCAUUUCUUUCAUGCUGCUCUCAGCUCCUGCACUUUUCCUCCUAAUGCGUCUGUGGUUGAAGCCCAGCUGCUCACCUCCUCCACCUUUUCAUCUGCUCCAUUUGUCCUUUUCUCUUUGUGUUUGACUUGUGGCAGCAGAUGGACUCACUCCUGGAGCCACGUCUCCAUCUUCCUGUAAUCAUGUGUGUAUGAUUGUUACUGCUGCUGCUGUUUAUUAGUUCUUGUUCUGUUUUUGUUUAUUGUAUCAUUUGGGCUGAAUAUUAAAAUUUCCUUCUUAAA